AUGGAGGCAGCAGCGGCGGCAGAUUCGUUUUUCUGGACUUCUCUUUCUGAAAAACACUUUUUAUUAUCUUUCUAUUUUUUUUUUCUCUUUCUCUCUCUCUCUUUUUCACUCGCUCUGCCUCUUAAAUAUUAAUUACUAAAAGAAGGAAAAAAAGGAAUUCUCUGAAUUUUAUUUAUUUUCUCUGAAACUCAUACACUCUGCUCUCACACGUCUCUGUUGUGCUCUGAAAUCCAAGCUAUCAUUCGACGCCCUCUGCGUCACUUCAAUUCUCAGAGGCUGUGAUUGCGUUUUACAAACUCCAGGACCAAGGCCUUCAAUUUGAUCUACUUUGUUGCAAAAAUUGAAUCUCUCAAUUGGGGUUUCUUCUGAGCUCUCUCUUCUGGUGGGUUUUCCGCUUGAAUUCAGAUAAAGAAAAAUCAAGGAGGAAUCUUAUGUCCUGUUGAUGUAAUUAGAGGAAUUUAGGCCAGAUCUGCUGAUAUGGGGGCUGCAAACUCUAAAGUAGAGGAAGAUAAGGCCCUACAGCUAUGUCGAGAAAGGAAGAAAUAUGUUAAGCAGGCACUUGAUGGAAGGUGCUCACUAGCAGCAGCUCAUCUUAUGUAUAUUCAAUCACUAAAGAAUACGGGAACCGCUCUUAGGAAAUUUGUCGAUCCUGGUGCUCCCAUUGAGUCUUCCUUGUACACUUCCACUAAUGCAACGCCAGAGCCUCUUGUUCAAACUGAGAAGUCCCUUUCUCACUUCUCUUUUUCUUCUCCAUCUGUGUCACAACGCAUUGAUGCAGCUGAAACUUUUUCUCCAUCUCCAUCUCCUCCAAAUUCUACCCGAUUUCACGUACAUCAUAUGAAAUUCAGGGGUAGCUUUUCUAAGAAGGUAGAAGAAAAACCUCCUACGCCUGUUACUGCAACAGUAACCUCCUCGAGCACCCCACAGAAUACCACGCCUCGCUCCGCUGAAAAACCUGAAGUAUCACCAUUUGAAGCUUCUUCACACCCACCUCAAACUCCACCAUGGGAUUACUUCGAUUUCUUUCACCCAAUUGACCAUCAGUUUUCUUUUCAAGAAGGGAAGGGAGUGAACCAGGUGUUUGAAAAUAAUGAUGAUAUGAGAAGACUUAGGGAAGAGGAGGGAAUUCCUGAGCUGGAAGAUGAAGAAGAGAAGGUUUCUUUUUUAGGGAGGGAAGAAUCUGAAGAUUCUGAAGAUGAAUUUGAUGAGCCUGCUACAGAUACUCUAGUUAGAAGUUUUGAAAACCUUAAUAGAGUACAUGAUCAUGUUGAAGCUAGCGCUUCACCCACAAUGCCUUCUGCAGAAAGUGUAACUUCAGAAACUGAGUUACUGAAUGGGGAGAAAAGUAACUCUCCUGAUUUGUCACCAUUAAGAGCCACAUCCUCAGUAUUUGCAGUUGAAACUGACUCAAAUAGAACACCAGUUAAAGAAGAUUGUAUUGAAAGUAAGGUUGCCCCAAAAGAUUUUUUUUCAAGCAUGAAAGAUAUUGAAGUUCUCUUUAUAAAAGCUUUCGAGUCCGGUAAAGAAAUUCCCAGAAUGCUUGAAGCAAAUAAGUUUCAUUUCCGUCCGCUAUUUCCGGCAAAAGAAACAGGUGGAUCAAUUUCAUCUACAUUCCUGAAGGCUUGUUUCUCCUGUGGUGAAGACCCAAGUCAAGUUCAGGAAGAGCCUCCUCAAACUGCUGUGAAGUACUUAACUUGGCACAGGACGACAUCAUCUCGGUCCUCUUCAUCGAGGAAUCCUUUAGGGGCAAACUCAAGAGAUGAUAUUGAGGAUCUUACUGGUAACCUCUUUGAUAACUUCUGCAUGAAUUCAGGCAGUCAUGCCUCAACCUUGGAUAGAUUAUAUGCAUGGGAGAGGAAGCUUUAUGACGAGGUCAAGGCUAGUGAGAUGGUUAGAAGGGAUUACGACGUAAAGUGUAAGAUUUUAAGGGAACUAGAAUCAAAAGGAGAAACUUCUCAAAAAAUUGAUAAAACUCGUGCUGUUGUCAAGGAUCUGCAUUCUAGGAUCAGAGUUGCUAUUCACAGAAUUCACUCUAUAUCAAAGAGGAUUGAGGACUUACGAGACAAUGAGCUCCAGCCACAACUUGAAGAGUUGAUUGAGGGGUUAAGUCGGAUGUGGGAGGUGAUGCUUGAAUGUCACAAGCUUCAGUUUCACAUAAUCUCGAUAGCUUACAACAAUGGCAACACCAAAUUCUCUGUACAGUCAGAAUCACGUCGUCAGAUUACCAUCCUUCUUGAAGAUGAACUCAGCUCUCUAUCGUCAAGUUUUAUGAAGUGGUUUGGUGCUCAAAAGUCUUAUCUGAAGUCUAUAGAUGGCUGGCUUUUAAAAUGUGUCUCUUUUCCACAGAAGGCUUCCAAAAAGAAAAGGAGGCCACAAGAAAUCCCCUUUCGGUACUGGGGCCCUCCAAUAUAUGUCACCUGUGGUCUCUGGUUGGAGAAGCUUGAGAAGCUUGAGAAGCCGCCUGCCAAGGAACUGGUAGAUUCUAUAAAGAGUUUAGCAGCUGAAACUUCCAGUUUUUUACCACAACAAGAAAAGAAAGAAGGGAAGGAUGCUAACCAAUCAGAUUUAACAUCCUGGAAACAUGAUAAUGGUAGUGAUUCUGCAGUUAACAUGUUGAGAGAUGAAGUUUCUCAAGACUGGGUUUCAGGUUUUGACCAUUUUCAAAUAAGCUUGGCAGGGUUUUGUGGUAAGUUGAACAUCUUUGCAGAGUCAUCUGUGAAGAUGUAUGUAGAACUUCAGGAGGCCAUUCAACGUGCUAAGAGCCACUAUGAGCAGUUGAAGUCUCAAUCUUCAGUUUGAAGGAUUGGCGCUCAAGAAGAGCAAAGAAUGCAUCCCAUAUUAAGUUCCAUGGAGCGGCGCUCGAUAAAUCUUGGAAAUAAAAAAAUAAAGCAUUUGGAUACGAGUUCAAUUGGGCAUGGGAUUUGUAUAUGAAGAGAAAAAUAAGAGAAAUUUGGUCAGAAGUUAAAUAAAGUUUUGAAGUUGUAUCUAUUAUAAUGGGGUCUCUUGUAGGUUAAAGCUGUAAUUACAAGGCUGGUAGCGGUCAAGGGAGUUGUAUCCAAUAUACAAAAUCUUGUAUAGUGAUUUUCUUGUAGGAACUUUGCCCUCCUUUCUACCAGGAUUAUUAAUCAGUUCAAAAUGUAUUCAAGAGUGUGUUAAUUUUAUUCCCC